AUGCUUCAGUCUACUGCUACUACCAGUAUUUCUGCUGCUAUUACUACACCUACUACAACGGUUACUACUAUUGCUUCUGUUUAUGUUGAUGCUACUGCUGUAGCUGAUGCUGCUGCUGCUACCGUAACUACUACUGCUAAUUCUGCUACUACCAUUACUACUACUACUGCUUCCGCUACUGCUGAUGUUGCUGCAGCUAAUGCUACCUAUACUUCUACUGCUACUUCUACUGCUUCUACCAUUGCUUAUUUUGGUGAUGCUGCUACUGCUUCUGCUGCUGCAGCUACUGCUACUACUAGUACUUCUGCUGCUGCUACGACUACUCCUACUACAGCUACUACCAGUACUUCUGCUGCUAUUACUACACCUACUACAACGGUUACUACUAUUGCUUCUGUUUAUGUUGAUGCUACUGCUGUAGCUGAUGCUUCUGCUGCUACCGUAACUACUACUGCUAAUUCUGCUACUACUAUUACUACUACUACUGCUUCCGCUACUGCUGAUGUUGCUGCAGCUAAUGCUACCUACACUUCUACUGCUUCUACCAUUGCUUAUUUUGCUUCUGCUACUACUGUUGCUGCUGCUAAUACCACUUAUGAUACAACUGCUGCUACUGCUACUGCUACUACUGCUACUGCUACUAAUGCUACUUCUGCCAUGACUGCUCCUACUGCUACUGCUAAUCCCACUGCUACUACUGCACCUACUUCUGCUGAUGUUGCAACUACUACUCCUAAUGCUACUUCUAUACCUACUGCUACUACUUCUACUACUGCUACUGCUGGCUGCUGCUACUACUUUUAUUGUUGCUACUACUAUUAUUGCAGCUACUGCUACUAA